UCCGGAAGUACAGUUAAUUUUUAUUCACAGGGAAAAAAACAGCUGUUGUUGGAAAAAGAAAACAUCAAAAAUGCCAGCCCCAAAGAGCGAAUCAGAUCCUCACGAGCCACAGCCCAAGAUGAGAAAGUUGGAUGAGGAUGGAGAGGCUCUGUCAUCCAGCCCUGCACCAGCUACUAAUAAUCAGCCCAUCAAAGCGGGAGAUAUGCGAGAAAUGAAAGUAGCCCCACGGACUAAGAAAAAAAUGUCAGUGGAAGGGGUGAAUAAGCCUGCCAAGUCACCCAAACAGAGUUCCCCCCCUAAGGAUUCCAGCAAAACAGACUCUGACCCGCCUGUCAAAAAAGCCAAGCUCCUGAAAGCCACAAGUGCCUCCUGUGGAGAAGCUCCCACACAGAGAGCUAACUCCAACGCGUCCCUGAAGCGAACAGCCUCCACGGAGUCUGAUGAUGAGCUAAGUAGCGAUGACAGUAAAGUUGACUUCUUUAGAGAGAGGGAUGACGAAGACAAGGCACGCUGCAUCAGGAAAUACUCGAACAAAGCCAAGCGCAAAGCUGAAGAGUCAUCUUCUGAUCCAAAUGAGUUGAGCCAGGGUUUACCAUCCCCGCCCGUGGGCCCUGUACAGAUGGACCACGAUUAUGGUAGAUUCUCAGAUUUGCUAAGUGUUCCAGGCACGGGUGAGACUCAUCAAGAUGAGAUAAAAGAAUCUUUCACACCUCAAGAGGGACAAGAAAUAUCCGUUAAUGCAACACAAGAGGUGACGAAAGAAACCUCAAUUUCUGUAAGCACUGACAUUGGCACCAAAUUUGAGUCUGCUGUUGAAGACAGUAAACACAAGGAACUACACAAUGUAGAAAGCCAAAAGCCUGUGGAUAACGAAUCACCAGCAUCGCCUAGAGAACUGUUAGAUCCCAACACUGCGGAAAUCCCUUUCACAUUUGAGGAUGACAAAAAGGAAAACAAGGAUAAAGCUGAUUCCAUCCAAAGCCAAAAGGAUGGAGAUAAUGAAACGCAAGCAUCGUCGGUAGAAACACUAAGGUCUUUUGGAGAGGAUAAUACAAGUUGCAAAAGUGUAGAACAAGCAGAUGGAACGAUGCAUUUGGUUUGUGAAUCAGAAAGUCAGGCAGACCUGUGUCCUGAAACUAAGGAGAACACAAAGUUUGUUUCUGAUGGAAAUGAACUCCAUUUAAAUUGUAAAACUGGUGAAGAUGAGCCUGGCACACUGGGAGUUUCUGCAAGUGACAGUAAUGUUAUACCAGAACUAGCAACGUCAAACGAAGCAAAUUCCACGCCACAACAAAUCCUGGUAGAAAGCUGUAAUCCAGAGAGUCAAAUCGAUGAAACUCAGUCUAUAUCUGUGUCUGCUGACCAUUCAGAGACUCAAACAGACCUCAGUGUCAAAAUUCAAGUGACUUUUGAAGAAAAAUCCAAAUCUAUAGACACGCCACACAUAGUCACCAGCAUUCAUGAUGAUGUGAACACAAAAAUACAUUCUGGGGAAAAUCUUGAAGCUGACUUCCAGUCAACCCAGACUGUUGAGGUGCAACUGAGCCACACCUCUCAAGCAACUAACAACACUACGGAAAUAUUGACACCUGAUUGUGAGACCGUUCUUGAGGAAAAUAAAAAAGAGGACUUUUCUGAAUGUUUCACAGUUCCAGAGAGCCAAAUAGCACCGCAAGAGGAAAUACAAAAUGAGGAGACCCACAAACUUCAUGACAACACGGCGGAAAUGUCAGUAGAAGCUAAAGAAGAGUCUGCAAGCACAGAAAAAGAUAAGGACACAAGUGUUGAGUGUGCUGUUACUCAAAAUAGUCAAAUCACUAUGGAUAUAAUGACUUCAGUGACAUCAGAGAUUUCUAAUCAAGAUGUUACAGUGGAAACACAAAGUCAGAAAACUCACGAUGUUUCUGGACCUACCACAAACACAUCUACAAAUCUUCCUGAGCAUCAGGUGGGUGAAAAUUGUGAAAUUAUAGACGGCACAGUGAACCUUGAAUGUGGAACUGAUGGACAUGAAAAAAUAGAGACGCAGACUGAAACAAUAUCAAAUAUCUCUAAUCCAGAACAAACUGAGGAAAUGCAAAUGCAGGAGAGCCAGAAAGUCAGUGAAUCUACUACAGUCAUAUCUACUGAGGUUCCUAUCGUAGUUGAUAGAUCUGAAAACAUGCAAAUAUUUGAAUGUGAUGGUAGAUCAGAGAGUCAAAGCAAGACGGAAAUGCAUGAGUUUUCUAAUCCAGCAGAUAAAGCAGAAUUGAAAACCCAGGCAAGCCCAGUCAGUGAACUCAGCACAGGCAAACCUGACAAGGUUCUAAAAGAUGCUGGAACUGCAAAUCAUAGGAGCAGUGAAGAAGCUGAAUUUAUGGAUGCUACGAAGAAUCAAAAUGAGGUGGAUGUACUGAAAGCAGCCACCACUGAGGAAAUCAGUAACAUGAUGCCAGUAGUCGACAUACACAGCCAGGUGAGCCAGAUGGUCGAUGAACCCAUCACAGAUGUAUCAACUGAAUUUCAUGGGGAUCAUGAGGUUGAAAAACUCACAACGGUAGAAAAUGACAACAAAGUGAACUUAGAGACUGUGGCUGCACCAGAGAGUCCAAUCGAAAUACAAACGGAGUCAACAAUGGACAUUUCAAAACCAGACCUGAUGGUGGAAAUACAAAAAAGCCAAACAGAAGUGGCUUUGCAGAUUAAAACAUUAGAGGAGAGUCCUAACAAAGCCUCUGUAGUGGAAAUGCACAGUCUGGAAAACGAAGACGCCAGUAAACAUACUGCAGAUGAAACAUUUAAACAGGUUCAGCAAGACCAGAUGACUGCAAAUCUUCACAUUGUGAAACAUCAAGAUAACACGGUUGUUGAAGGUGCAACUGUUAAAGAGAAUCAAAUCAGAAUGGAAAUACAGGUUACAUCAACAUCAGAGAUUUCUCAAGCAGCCUCUUCAGAGGAAAUACAAAGUGAGAAAAGCCACAAUGAGGUGAAUAUAGAAACCGCAACGACUUCGGAGGAUAUUUCUAACACAACACCUGCAGUGGAAGCACGAGAGAACCAGGAUGUCUGUGAACAUACCACAGAUGUAUGUACACAGUCUGUGACAGUGGCAGAGAAUAAAAAUGAAAUGGAAACACAGGCUGAAUCAACAUCUGAGGUUUCUAUAUCUGCAGCUCAAACUCCAAGUGAGAAGAGCCAGGAAGUCCAUGAACCUGCAAACGACAUAUCGGAGGAAGUCGAAGAACGGUUAAAUGUUACUUCAAAUGAUUGCAACGAAAAUGGAAACAGUGCUGCCACUGAGUCAGUCACCACUACAGAGGGUGCAACAGAAAUGGAAAUACAGACAAACGAAAUACCGGAGGAGAUUUCUAAUCUCACAUCCACAGUAGAGAUCCAAAACCAGGGAGGUCCUGAUGUCAGUGAGGACACAACAGACACUGAAAUACAAAAAGAUUUCAUCAAUACAGAAAGUGACUUAAACAACGAUAAGGUUAAUGUUGAAUGUUGCAGCACUACUGAGAAUCAAGUAGAGAUGGAGGUGCAGACAACAGUAAUAUCAGAAGAGAUUUCUGAUUCAAGACCUGAUGUGGAAAUACAAAACCAGUCAAGUCAGGACAUCACUGAAGUAAGUACAGCCAGUGAUGUUCAAAAAGACUUGAUGAGCUGUGAGAGUAAGCAAAAUGAAGUCGAGGAUGCUUCUGAAUGUGUUGAUGUCCAAGAGAUUCCAACUAAUAUUGAAACUACUUCAGCUCCAGAGGAGGCUUCUGAUCCAGCAGCUGUAGCAGAACAGCAAAACCAUGUGACAGAGGAAAUCAAUCAACACACCAUGGCCUUAUCAGAGGAGAUUCAGAAGCCUCUUGCUAUCACUAAUUUGGAAAACAACAAAAAUGACAGACAGACAGAGCCUGGUGCUGACGAUGUCCAAGGGGAUAUGGAUGUAAUAAGUGGAUCAAUAGAAAGGGCAGAUACUGCAUUAGAAGGAGAAAUGGGAAGCCAAGUGAUUAAUGAGGUCAAGGCUGACAAGUCUGUCAGUAAUAUUGAAGGACAAGCAGAAGGAGCUGAAAGCAGUGAGGUAAUUGUUUUUGUCUGUGGCCAAUCAGAUGACAGUGAUUUCGUAAUUCAGACAUCAGAAGAGCAGAUUAAGACAGCUAAUCAGUCGGAGGUUCAUGAAAACCAGAUAGUGUAUGAACCCAUUAGUAGUCCAGAGAGUAUUGACGGCAGAGAGGUUUCUUCGGCAGCAGAGGAUCAUGUCGGUGUUUCUUUACUGGACGUGCAGAGCACAGAAGCUGAGGAUAUGCAGUUUUCUGUCAAGGAAAAUGACAAAGAAAUUGUUGAGUCACGGAUGGAAAACAAAGAAAUUAAAGAAGUUGGUGUCUCAGUCAGCCAUACAGCAGUUGAGAUGGAAUUACAAACUAUGGAUGUACCAGAGAAUCCUGUGCCUGCACAGCUGGAGCAGGGUAACCCCACUGCGGAUGUGAAAGACUUUGCAUCGAUAAGUUCUGGUGAUGGUAUCAGCGUGCCAGAUGGCCGGUCAGAAGAUGCCACUGACAAAAGUAAAAGUAAUGGUUUUCCAGAGUGUGUUCCUGCCACGGAGUUGUCUGAACAGCUGCAGGAGGAUGCUGGACUCCAGGAAGUGACAAAUAUCACAGAGAUAACACCUACAACUGACACUCAAUCUGCAUCUGAGGAUUUUGUGAUUUUAGAACCAGUCCCAGAGAGCGAAAUCCCCUUUGAUAUCGUCACUCAAGCUGCAGCCGAAUCAGGUCUGUCGGCCUCUAUGUCAGAGGAAGUUAGUCCAGACGAUGUGGUGAUGAGAGAAGUGGAAAAUGAAAAGAUUUUAAAUGGUUCCCAACAAACUGUAUGUCUUGAAGCAGAAGUACAGCAACACGAAGCAACUGAUGUGGUUGAAGAUGCCACAGAAAAUAGCUCAGGUGACCAGGAGAAUAAGAUAAAUAUUUCAGCUUUAGAGGAAGGAAUUCAGGUUACUCAGAAUUCUGACCAGCAGUCCACAUCUGGAAUAAAGGAUAUUAGUAUCUCAAAUAUGGAGGAGACGAACCUUAAAGCUCAAGGCACAAAUAAGGACUGUAAUGAAGUGGUGAUGGAGAAUGCCGAAGGAAAUUUGAACCUAGAAGAAGUGCAGAUUCUGGAGGAUAUAGAGAUUGGCCACGAGAUUGUAGUUGCAGAGGAAGAGAAUGAAGAAGACAGCGGCGUUACAAUAAUAGAAAAACCACAGGAAACACCUGAGCUAGGUCUUCCCAAAAAGUCUGAAGAAAAAGUAAAAAACAAAGAUGACAGUAAUGCGACCAACAUCAAGCAAAACAGCACUACUGUAAAGACCGAAGAGGAAAAGAAGGAACAAGAGGCACAGAAACCCAAGAAACAAGAAAUGAAUACACAAGCAAGAACCAAAGCUCGCCUUGCAGCCCUGGCUGAGCAGAAGGCUGCUGCAGCUAAGAGGACAGCAAACAGACAGCAGCUGAACCUCUUAGCCCUGUGCCAGGAGAUCGCCGAGGACAUUGCCACAGACAGCAUGCUGUUGAAGAGGAUAGAGGAAGAAAAACAAGCGGCGGCGGCAGCGGCAGCGUCCAAAAGUGAAGCCAACAAGAAGGAACAUCCACCCGUUAGCACACAAGAUGCAGACAUGGUUGGUGUUGCCACCCCUGCUGGACCAGAGGAGUGCUCUUCUUCAGUCACCCCUGCUGAGGAAGCAUCGGCCGCCCAGCUCCCGACGGCAGAUUCAUCCAAAACCAAGCCUGCUGCAGAGCCUCAGAAGAGACGUUUCUUCAUCACACAGGUUUCAGUGCCCCUGAAAGCUCACGAGAAAAAGAAGCUAACUCGAUAUCAAAGACUAAGACAGGUGGAGCUGCAGAGAGAGAAAAUGUCUUGGGCGCGUGUUAAGAAGUUAAAGUCCGACCAAGCAAAUCAGAUGUUUUCAGACAUUGAUUGGCAACCACCUUUGGCUACAUCGGUGAGCCCUGCCACGACAACUCCUCCACCUGCACCCAGUCCAUUAAAGACAUCCCCUCCAAGUCCUGCUACAGCUAGCAAACCUUCUACACCCAAGACCGAGACUCCCAAAGUGGAAACUGUUAAGGCUGAGUCAACUGAGACUGGAAUCCCCAAAACUGAACCCACUAAAGCGGAAACCUCCAAAACUGAGCCCAGGAAGGCCGAAGCUGCUAAAACUGAAGCCAGUAAAACUGAACCUUCUAAUACAGAGGUCCGUAGAAGUACAAGGCAAAGUAAGGCUCAAACACUGAAAGCUGCAGCUGCUCCGGCGCCUGCCCCAAAAGUAACCAGGUCAGCGGCAAAAAGGACCCUGCCGGCAAAGCCUCCCCCCAUGCCCAACGGGCUUAAUGCUCAAAAACUCAACGUUGAAGUUGAGUACAAGCCGUACAAACCCAGGCCCAAGUACUCCCCUGAUGACUUCGAACUAGAUGACGACCCAUUACCAAUUAAACCGACGAAGCCAAGUAACCAGUCGGGUCUCCAGCAAUCAGCUCGCCCCGGCGUUCCCUCAAACCUCGCAUCUCAGUCUAAACCCACAGGUUCACCACAGCUCGCCAACCAGGCCCGACUCAAAGCUCAGACCACACCCGCUGGACAGAUCUCAGGUCAGUCAAAGCCCGGCGCUGCAGCUCCGGCUCAGUCAAAGCCAGCACUGUCAAAACCUACUGUUGCGACAACCGUCCAGUCAAAGGCCUCAGGUACACUUGCAACUUCGACAAGGCCUGUUUCAUCAGCCAGUGCUCCGUUGAAGUCUCCUGUCUCGACUGCGCCGCAGCCUAAAGCUGUUUCAGCUACGAGCCAGUCCAAGCCUGCUGCUUCUGCCUCAUCCCAAGUAAAGACAGCUGGUGCAAACGCAGCACCGUUGAAGCAGUCUACUCCAACAACAGCAGCUAGGCCUGCUGUUGCAGCCAAAACUGAGAUGAGGCCUGCUGCUUCCAAUGACAUCUCUUUAGUGCAACAGAAACCACCAAAUCCUCCAUCAGGGGAAGACGGCAAAUACAAGAAAACAGCUGAGCCACUUUCAUCAGUUCCUGCUGUUUCCCUUCCCCCUGAGGAGAGCUUGAAAGUGUGUGAUGGCGCGCAGCAGUGUGAAGAAAAGCCUGCAGUCGCUACUGAGGAACCUUCUCCAGAGAUUAAAAAAGAAACGGUCACAGCAAUGGAGAAGCCAUCAGAAAGGCUCGGUCAAGACGGAGCAGCGAAGCAUCACGACGGCGGGGCUCCCCUCUCCGAUGCCUGCCUGCAAAAAGAAGUCAAGAAACUAAAGGAGGCUGACAAAGAUGGCACCCAGACUAUUAUCGACGCGGGCCAGAAGCAUUUCGGGGCCGUGGCCUGCAGCGUGUGUGGGAUGCUGUACUCCGCUGCCAACCCUGAGGACGAAUCGCAGCAUUUGCUCUUUCACAACCAGUUCAUCAGUGCUGUCAAAUAUGUGGGAUGGAAAAAGGAGAGGAUUCUGGCAGAAUAUCCUGAUGGGAAAAUCAUUCUUGUCCUGCCAGAUGAUCCCAAAUACGCUUUGAAGAAGGUUGAGGAGAUCCGGGAGAUGGUGGACAAUGACCUCGGCUUCCAGCAGGUGGAGACCAAGUGUCCCUCUAAGACCAAAACCUUCCUCUUCAUCUCUAAUGAUAAGAAAGUGGCUGGAUGUCUCAUAGCGGAGCACAUACAAGAGGGGUACAGGGUGAUAGAGGAGCCCGUACCAGAGGGCUCGGAGGGAGAGAAGGUGAUGUUUGAACGUCAGAGAGCCUGGUGCUGCUCCACAACACCAGAGCCGGCCAUCUGUGGCAUCAGCCGCAUCUGGGUCGUCAACAUGAUGAGACGCCAGGGCAUCGCCUCACGUAUGCUCGAGUGCCUCAGGAACAACUUCAUAUACGGUUCAUACCUGAGCAAAGACGAGAUCGCGUUUUCAGACCCCACACCCGACGGAAAGCUCUUCGCCACGCAGUAUUUCGGCACUUCUCAGUUUUUGGUUUAUAACUUUGUGAGCGGGACGCGCUCCUCCCAGUCCGAAGCUAAAGCGGUAUGACGGCGUUCGGGGGGGAAAAAAAACGACGACGGAUUCGCGCGAGACGCUCACUGUCCAGUGAGACCCACGCUCACCAAAUCGUGUCUGACACUGAAUCUUCACGUGUUUAAAAACAACAACAACAAAAAAAAACUGUAAAUUGACUCCUUGGAGAGGUAACACAUUGGUUUAAAUCUCAGGAUUAAAACAACAAAGUGUUGUUUAAACAAAUGGUAAUUCACCCUUUAAACCCUCCCUGCAUAGUAUUUUGAAGAAUUAUUUUCUUUAUUCAUUUUUAAGUCAAUAUUCGGUUUUAUUAGAAGGAUGGAGGUUACAAGCAUGACCUGACAGCAAUAGAAAAGCAUUUCAUUGUUUAUUUUGAAAUUCCUGAGGAGCGUAACGUAAAGCCACAGCGGUUUGUUCUGUUUUCUAUGCUCUGUCGUAACACUAUGAUACAUUUAGGGUCCCUCUUUCCUGUUGACAGUGACUCUGCCAUCAACUUGAGUUGUUUUAAAGCGUUGUUGGUCAUUCUGAAAGGAAUUUAUAUUGUUGUAUCGAGCGGUUAAUGUUUAAUUUUUAAAUUUUCACCUUUUAACGGGCUAAUUUCAGUGUCCUUUUAGUUGUAAUAUUUCAAACGAACCAUCACGACUCAUUUCAAGGGUGUGAAGAGAUGUGGGUUAGAACUGUAGCUCGGGCAUUAAUCGUGUUCUCUACUUCGAUCACCUUGCCUGAAACGUUUUCCAAGCCGAGCCAUAUAUACUGUACACCGUUUAGCGGGGCAUUGUAGCCUAUACUGUAUGAGUGGUGUCUUUUAAUUUCACAGAGGCUUUUGUUUGUGCCUGAAUGAAUAAUGUUUGACUUAAGAUGUUGAUUUCUUUUCUUUUACACAUUUGAAGCCGUACGUCACUCUAAGCAGUGUGCAACAUUUUUUUUUUAUUAUUAUUAUUAUUUUAAUUUAGCGUAGUGUCAUCCUCCUAUUCCUUAGAAUUUAUAUGUAUAUCAAAUUAUCAUGUAGAUUUAUGCAUACUAUAACAAGAUUUCUAAUGAAAGAUGAGCAAAGUCUUGAUCAACGCGAGGGGUUCAGGUGAACCUGUGCCUCUCUUAACACACAGAUUAACUGCAUCUUUGUAAUCCAUCUCUUAUUUUCUUCUUUCUCCUUGUUGAAGCUUUUAGAAAGACGUGUCGUGUGAGGAAAAGAAAUUUGAUUUAUACGAAGCUGUUAUGUAAAUAUUUAUUUAAAUAAACGAUAAAACAUUUUGGCUGCA